UGCCAUUGAUCACAGAUUAAUCUCUCAGAUAACUCGUGCGCCAUUUUGAAGCAUGGCGGAUGUCCCGGUUUGCACGUGUCACUUCCGGUCGAUGAUUUCUGAUGGAGAACAAAUAACCACUAGCGAGGUAUUCUGAAGUUUGGAUUGUCCGAAAAAAUAUAUAAGGAAAAAUGCAUAUUUCAAAUAUAAACAGCAAUCCCUGAAGUCUUGAAGAAAUGACCAGAUCAGAAGAUUGGCUUUGAAACGACAAUUUACCGGAAGUGACACACUAAGCACGUGACAUGGGGGGAAGGAUGUACCAGAAAACUGUUUUGGGCACAGUAGUCGUUGUUUCCUUUGUCUGGUUUUCAAUAACAAUACUAAUUGUUAUGUACCACGAGGAACUGAUGAAAUCUCGCAGACUUCGAGAAUAUAACCAGGAAUUUGAUCGUCUUGAUGAAAUACAUAACUUAGGGACCAUUUUGGGCAAAGAAUCUAAUAUAUAUCCCGAUAAUAAAAAUCAAUUAAAAAUUAAACAUGAAAAUAAAUAUAAUGAAAUGAAAAAUCUGACAAUGAACACAGAUAAAACAAAAGAUCACAAAUUAAUUGUAGGAAAUAUUAACAAAAAUAAAAAGUAGCCUCUCAAUAAUGAUAUAGUGAAUCAGCUUCCAAGAAAGAAAUCGCAGUUUAUUCAGAAAUUAAAAAAUGCUGUCCAAGUAGAUCCACCUGACGUUGACAAAGCCAACAUCGACGAGGAUACGAAAAGUGACAAGACAAAACAUGACCAAGAGGAAGAACGAGUGGUUGGAAAAGAAAACAUGGCGGCUGAUAAACCGGAAGUUCCAGAAAUCAACAAUAACAAAGUUCCUGAGGGUCCACAGAAACCAGAAGUAAAGGAACAACAAUAUGAUCAGGAGAAAGAACAGAAACAGGAACCUAAAAUCAAAGAACAAAUACUGAUUAAACAGUCAGGGGAAGACCAGAAAAAUGAGCAAGAACUUAUAGAACAGCAACAGCAGGAACAGCUACAGGAAAAUGCAAUCAAGAUGGCGGAGGAGGUAAAUCCGAUGGAUAUGGUUUUAAAACAGAUCCAGAACGUUAUCAAGGACGUCAAUGUGGGGAACCCAGUAAAUCUAGGGAAGAAGAAUAAAAAACCGACGUUUGUCAACCCCCUGGGCUUAGAUUUUGACUCUAUAGAACCACGAGCAGCACCAGGCGCCCCAGGUGAAAUGGGAUACUCCUAUGUAAUCGAAAAAAAGAAUUUACCUCCAGCUGAGAAAGAUAAAUAUGAAGAGAUGUUCGAGGACCAUCAGUUUAGUAAAUACGUAAGCGACAUGAUAUCCGUGAGGCGGCGGCUUCCGGAUAAAAGAUUACAAAGUUGCAAAGAUGUGGUUUAUGACAAACCACUGCCAAGUACAAGCAUUAUCAUCUGUUUCCAUAACGAGGCGUGGUCCGUUCUUUUACGGACAGUUUGGAGUAUCAUGGACCGAUCUCCGUUAAAUCUGAUCAAGGACAUUAUUCUUGUCGACGACUUUUCAUCUUCUGAUGAAUUACAAAAACCACUGGAGGAUUAUAUGGCCAAAUUAAAAAUCGUCAAAAUCGUGCGAACAAAAAAGAGAGAGGGUCUGAUUCGGGCCCGCUUAUUAGGCUACUCGGUAGCGACAGGAGAUGUUCUCACAUUUUUAGACUCACAUUGUGAAUGCUUUCACGGUUGGCUCGAACCUCUAUUAACGAGAAUAGCAGAGAAUCAGACUCGAGCAGUUACUCCUGUUAUAAACUCCAUUGGACUCCAUGCGUUCGGGGUGGACCAAAAUCAGGCUCGCGACAUUGGGAUUCUCCAUCUUGAAAAUCUUUCAUUCCACUGGGACAGAAUUCCUGAGCGGGAAAAAAAGCGGCGGACUUCCCCCACCGACCCAUACAGAUCCCCUACAAUGGCUGGCGGUAUAUUUGCUAUUUCUAAGGCAUAUUUCGAGCACAUAGGGUUAUAUGAUGCUGGUAUGGAGAUUUGGGGUGCUGAGAAUGUGGAGAUGUCUAUUCGGCUAUGGACUUGUGGCGGCUCUAUAGAGCUACAUCCUUGCUCGCACGUGGCGCACGUGUUCAGGUAUAAGAGCCCGUACAGUUGGGGUAGAGACCCUCAGGUGAUCCUAAAGAAGAAUACUUUACGGGUGGCGGAGGUGUGGCUGGACGAACAUAGGUUCCAUUUUUAUGAGGAGAUGCAGUACAGACUGGGUAACUUCGGCGACGUGUCAGAACGGAAGGCUUUAAGGCAAAGACUGCAAUGUAAACCUUUCUCCUGGUAUAUUCAAAAUGUCUACCCAGAGGCGAAAAUUCCGGAAGCUGUUCUUUAUUCUGGGGAGAUCCGUAAUGUAGCUUAUGACCGGUGUAUGGAUACUAUGGGUGUGACGCCUACAUUUCCCAGGGCACAACAGUGUCACGGACUUGGUGGAAACCAGUACUUUCGGUAUUACCAAAAUGGCAAUGUAAAAAUGAAUAAAAAUUGCCUGGUUGUGAGAGAGACGGGGAAUCUGGUCACGUGGAACACCUGUUUUGAAACACCUUUACAAUUGUGGGACUAUACAGAAGAUGCCCAUCUAGUAUUAAGAGGAAAAAAUCUCUGUCUUGAUUUGACGGAAGGAAAGCAGAAAAUACAGUUAAACCCUUGUUCAUCUUCAAGAACUCAGAAGUGGACAUGGACUAGAAAUCUGAAAGAUCUCAUUUCCGGGAAAAUGUCAUAUGCAGGAACUGGUGUCGGAAACAAAUUCAUACAAUUAUAAUUAAAUUUCUAUUCUUUUACGCAGAA